AUGUUGGUUGAUGAAGAUGCUAAGUUGGAAGAGGAGAAGCUGCGUGGCAUUGCAAAGAAACUUUGGAUAGUCGGUUUCUUCUUCUUGCCUUGGAUCUGGUUGAUCAAUGUGCUAUUCUUCAUACCAUAUAGAAAGGUUAUCACUCCACAGAUCACUUGGUACCUCAGAUUCUCAUUGAUAGGAUUCUUUGUAUACUCUGGUAUAUUUAUGGCUUGGAUGGGCAUCUAUCUCACUCACUGGACAUCUUGGGGAACAAUGGGUGACAAGAUAUCAAUCGUCAUUCCUUAUGGUAGUGCAUAA